AUGUGUAGACAAUUUAUCUUCUUGAAAAGGCAAAAGAUGUCUAUAAAUUGCUUUCGAACAACCAAGGUUCCGCUUCAAACAUUUGCAUCAAUUUCGAGAUCCAGAGAUUCAUCGAACCGUAUCGUUUCUGUAUUCGGAAGGAAGUCUUCUCUUUCAUUUGUUACUCUCAGAGUAGUUUCAUCGAUGGCUUACGAGAAAGAGCUUGAUGCUGCUAAGAAAGCUGCUUCACUCGCAGCUCGUCUCUGUCAGAAAGUUCAAAAGGCGUUGUUGCAGUCAGAUGUUCAAUCAAAAUCUGAUAAGAGUCCAGUGACCGUUGCUGAUUAUGGUUCACAAGCAGUCGUUAGUUUAGUCUUAGAAAGGGAACUCAACUCUGAACCCUUUUCAUUGGUGGCCGAAGAGGACUCAGCCGAUCUACGCAAGGAUGGUUCUCAGGAUAUUCUUGAGCGAAUCACGAAACUUGUCAACGACACUUUGGCUACUGAGGAUAUGCUCAAAGCCAUUGACUCUAGCACAUCAUUUGCUGCUCCUACUUUAUCCACAGAUGAUCUGCUCAGAGCCAUUGACUGCGGCACAUCUGAAGGUGGUCCAACUGGUCGACAUUGGGUCUUGGAUCCUAUUGAUGGCACUAAAGGAUUUUUGAGGGGAGAUCAGUACGCAGUAGCACUAGGAUUGCUUGAGGAAGGGAAAGUAGUUUUAGGUGUGCUUGCUUGUCCAAACUUGCCAUUAGCUUCCAUAGCAGGAAACAACAACAACAAGUCUUCUUCCUCCGACGAAAUCGGAUGCCUUUUCUUUGCUACAAUCGGUUCAGGGACAUACAUGCAGCCCUUGGACUCGAAAUCUGAUCCCGUCAAAGUACAAGUCUCUAGUGUUGAGAAUCCUGAAGAAGCAUCGUUCUUCGAGUCAUUUGAAGGAGCUCACUCUCUUCACGAUUUAUCCAGCUCCAUUGCCAACAAACUCGGUGUGAAAGCCCCACCUGUGCGGAUCGAUAGCCAAGCAAAGUAUGGAGCUUUGUCGAGAGGAGAUGGAGCUAUAUACUUAAGGUUCCCUCAUAAAGGAUACCGUGAAAAGAUUUGGGACCAUGUCGCUGGUGCUAUAGUUGUCACAGAGGCUGGUGGAAUUGUGACGGAUGCAGCGGGAAAGCCACUGGACUUCUCGAAAGGGAAGUAUCUUGAUUUGGACACAGGCAUUAUCGUUACUAAUGAGAAGCUUAUGCCUCUGCUUUUGAAAGCAGUUCGUGAAUCUAUUGCCGACCAAGAGAAACCUUCACCUCUCUGAUUCUUUCUCCUUUUCUUCUUUCCUUCUUCAAGUGUUUGUUUUCUUCCGCAACUGUGUUUUGUUUCACUUCCUUUCAAUUUUCUAAAAGAAAAAAAAAACAAAUAUCUACUACAUAUGUUCAGGGAUAAAGAGUAUUUUGUUUGGGCCAAUAUGGGCCGGGAAAAGACCUUUUAAGGUUUACAGGCCUCGACGUGCCUAGACCGCGUUGGCUACUUUUUCAUCUUAAUAUUAAAAAGCGCGUUGGUAGAAUC